CAGCUAUUAACUCCCACCACUGCCGAUAGCAAUCAGGAUCUUUCUCCGCAUCAAACUGACAAGUUUACCACCUUGAUUUUCUGGUGUCAAUCCCACAAGGAGCCUCGCUUGCCUUCUGGACCUCAACUGGAAUAUUCUGUCAUGCUGCUGUUUGCCGUCAAGUCGAUUGCCAACGCUAUAUACUCUGGUGCUUUAUUCAGAUGGAGCAGGGUGGAUUCUGAGGACUUUACAGAAAGAGUACUAGUGAAUAGUUUGUUAUGCUCGACAUUUAGAUUAAGGAUUGGCUGUGUAUUUUCAGUCCUGUCAUAAAAAUGUACAAUACAAAACAACAAAAUGACCAGGCAGGGUGACGUGUUGCGGUUUGCACCCCCAGAGAGCGUCGCUGCCCCCCUUGUCGACCGCACUAUGAACGACUGAGCAAUUUAACGGCGAGACGGCAACAAACAUAGAGUCAAGCGAGGAGUGGAAUGGCCUGAGGGGGAACCCCUCGGUCCCACCUGCCCCUGCCAGGUCCAAUCUGCCUAAACUGACGGCUCGGCCGCUGCCGACCACCACUGCGAUGGGGGACGGACUGGAGCCAGGCAGCAGCCACAACCCUCCUUCGGCCCCGCAGCCUCACAUCCUGAACCCGGCACCUUCCAAAAUAGGAAAUUCCACCAGACCCAAACGACAGACCAACCAGCUCCAGUACCUGCUCAAAGUGGUGCUGAAGACAUUAUGGAAGCACCAGUUUGCGUGGCCCUUUCAUGCUCCCGUGGAUGUCGUCAAACUCAACUUACCCGACUACAAUAAAAUCAUCAAAACCCCAAUGGACAUGGGUACUAUAAGAAAGCGCCUGGAGAACCACUACUACAAAAAUGCCCAGGAGUGUAUUCAUGACUUCAAUACCAUGUUCACCAAUUGCUACAUCUACAACAAGCCCAACGAUGACAUCGUGUUGAUGGCAAAGGCCUUGGAGAAGCUCUUCCUCCAGAAGAUCACACAGAUGCCACAGGAAGAGACGGAAAUCGCCGUGGUCGCCAAGGGACGCCGCGGCAUCAAGCGAGAGCCUGCUCCCAUCAGCAUGUCCGAAUCAAGCCAAGAACUAUCCUCCCCAUCCAGCACCCCACACACGCGAGGCUUCUCGUCCCCUUCCAGCCUCCCGCAAACCCACGCGUCGUCAACCCCGCCUGUGCUGGCCCAGCCCCCACGUGUGCCUCCUACACCCGCAGCCCACGCCCCCCAUCUAGGACCGCCGUACCCACUCUCAGGCAUCCUACCCCAGGGCAUGACCGCUGUGGCCCCUCCAGCCUCCGCCGCCUCGCACCCAGGCCUCCAUCCUAGCCCGGUGAUGCAGAGCACUCCCGCUCUCAUCAAGCAACGGAAGAGCCAGAAGAGGAAGGCGGACACAACAACGCCUACAGCCAACGACCAGCUCAGCGAAUCAUCUCCCGUCUUGGCGGAGACUCGACUGCGUCGCGAGACCGUUCGCCCAUUGAAGCAGCCCAAGAGAGAUCCGUCGCAGCCUGACUCCCAGCACCAGCUGGUUGGUGGUUUGGAGACAGGAGGCAUGUUGACGCCCAAACGUCAAGAUCAGAUGCAUUCCUGCUCCCUCCUGGUCAAAGAGAUGCUGUCCAAGAAGCACUUUGCCUACGCUUGGCCCUUUCACCUCCCCGUUGAUGCUAAAGCUCUUGGCCUUCAUGAUUAUCAUGACAUCAUCAAGCAUCCCAUGGACCUUUGCACCAUUAAGAAAAAGCUGGACAACCGGCAAUACAGAGACCCCCGAGAGUUUGCAGCAGAUGUCCGAUUGAUGUUCUCCAACUGUUACAAAUAUAACCCGCCGGGCCACGAUGUGGUGGCAAUGGCACGCAAACUACAGGAUGUUUUUGAGAUGCGUUUUGCCAAGAUGCCUGACGAGCCCGAGGAGGCGACCCCGGUUCCCACGCCAUCGUCUGUCCUUCACCCUGCGCCAUCCACUCGCCAAGCGCCACCACCCCCACCCCUUGUCUCAGAAGACAGCAGUUCCAGUGUGUCUGAAUCCGAGUCCUCAGCGGGAGACUCUGAUCACGAGAGGCAGCAGCGAUUGGCUGUCUUACAGGAACAGCUCAAAGCCGUACACGAGCAACUGGCCGCGCUCUCUCAGCCUCAGGUCUGCAAGCCCAAAAAGAAAGAGAGGGAGAAAAAGGAGAAGGAAAAGCACAAGAAGAAAAUGGGAGCGGAGGAACUCGCCGAGCCUGCCGUGCUUCACGUUUCCAAGAAGAGCAAAAACAGCAAAGAGUUGCUCAUUUCCAAGAAGGAGAGGAAGAAGCCUGGUAAGAAAGAAGGCAUCAAAAACAGUCGUCCCGCUGUGGCCCCUCAGAGCGCCCCAACGCCUCUCGUCCCGUCAGCCUCCCUCGAAGCAGAAGAUGACAUGGACUUGUUCGGGAGCGCGCCAGCCGUCGGAGGCAAACCCAUGUCGUACGAAGAGAAGCGCCAGCUGAGUCUCGACAUCAACAAGUUGCCCGGUGACAAGCUGGGCAGAGUUGUGCACAUAAUCCAGACCCGAGAGCCCUCCAUGAAAAACUCCAACCCGGACGAGAUCGAGAUCGACUUUGAGACGCUGAAGCCCUCCACGCUCCGGGAGCUGGAAAAAUACGUAUCGAGCUGCCUCAAGAGGAAAAAGAAGUCCUCAGAAAAGCCCCUGGAAAUGACAAACGUCACAAAGUUGAAGACGGGAUCUUCAUCUUCGGGCACCAGUGACUCCUCUGAUAGUGAAGACUCUGACAAUGCGGGGCUGGUUCCCAAGCAGCAGAAGACGCUGUCCAACAAGGACACCAAGAGGACGCAGCAGCAGCGGCAGCCCAUCACCACCGUUACUGGCCCCUGCACGCCGCAGCCUCAAAUGGUCCAAUCCAAAUUCCCAUACGUCGCUCCGCCCCCUGUCCCUGUGUCGGUCCCCGUUCCCGUCCCUGCCCCCACCGCCCCUGUCCCUGCUUUGGAAUCUUCCCAGCUGUUAAGCGCCGCGUUUGACCCCUUGACCCACUUUAUGAACCCUCACCUAACUCAGCCCAACUGCGAGCCUGGCCCAGUCAUCACAGCUGUUUGUCCGCCGCUCACAUCUGGCCUCCUCAAUGCCACCGCGCCUGUUGGACCCACACCUACUGAGACGCACCUCUUCCUGAACCAACGUCCCAUCACACCCUCACCAGCCAUCCAUAGCGCACUUCCCCAGCAGCCAGCACGACCUAGCAGCCACGCAGCACCGCUUCCUCCCAAGAACUCUCAUCCGCCUCCCUCCUCGCUCCUCUCUCCCCCCACGCCGUCACCUCAGCUUCAGAGCUCGCUUUCCGCCCCCCUCCCCCCCCAGCCCGCUUCACGGCCCCGCGUACCUUCGCCGCCAUCGCACGGCAUCCUGGGCACGCUCUCCGCUCAGCCACCCCAGGCCCUACUGGAAGACGACGAGGAAGCCGCACCCACCAGCGCGGAUACGCCGUCCCUCAGCCAAGUGCAAAGCUUUCUGCAGUCUUUUCAACCGCGGACGUCCGGCCUGGUUCAACCGCUGCAGUCGUCGGCUCAGCUGGGACCAUCAAUGCAAGCCGCGAUGACCUCCGCCCCCACGACCAUGCAUCGUCACGGCACGGCCCACGGCCACACGCAGCAGUCCUACCCGCACGCUCUGGCCGCAGCGGUGCAGCAGCAUAAGGGGGUGAGCCUUCAGCAGAAGCUACAACAACUGCAGCAGCAGCAGCAGCAGCCCUCGCCACGCUUCAAGGCCGAACAGUUUUCUACUGCGGCUGCUCUUGCAGGUUGCCUGCGGCGUGACAGUCCCUCUCCACUCAUGAUGCACUGCCCCUUGAUGCCUCAGUUCCAGACGACAGGACAACAGUCCCCCUCGCAAAUCGAGAAAAACGACCAGAGUUCUGACUUGGUAAAAGAGGAGAAACCGCCCCCCUCGCCGGUGCUAACUCCUCCCCCGUUCAGCCCCGCCAUGCGCCUUGACUCACAAAAACACGACAGCAAAAAUAGAUUAGAAGGCAAGUCAUUGGAUGCUUCUCGUCCCAGUUCCCGCCUCCCAGACUCCCUGGUGCAAGCCUGCCCUCAGCAGGACACCAAAGUCAAGCAAGAGCCCAAAACGCCCACAGCGUCCAAGAGGACGCCGGAUGUGAAGUUAAAGAACAUGGGCUCCUGGGCCAGUUUCUCCCAGAGGUCUCAAUCAACGCCGGCGUCAGCCGUCCGCUCGUCCAGCGACAGUUUUGAGCAGUUUCGACGGGCGGCCAGGGAGAAGGAGGAACGAGAGAGGCAACUGAAGGCUCAAGCGCAACAGGCCAGGAGGGAGCAGGAGAAACUGCGCCACGACGACGACAGCGUGGAGCAUGCUCGCCGGGCGCAGGAAGACACCCGCCGACGGCAAGAGCAGCAGCCGUCGCCCCUCGCGCCCACACCCCCGGCUUCCACCCCGCCUACUCACUCUCUGCAGCCUCCUCCCAUCCCACCUCCGGCGCCCUCCCCGACUUCCUCGGCCGUGCAAAACGCCCUCGACCAGCAGAGGGAGAUGGCGCGCCGUCGUGAGCAGGAGAGGCGGAGGAGGGAGGCGAUGGCUGACACCAUUGACAUUAACUUCCAGAGCGACUUGAUGGCCAUUUUUGAAGAGAAUCUCUUCUGAGUGGAAAGAGCAGCGAUGUGUGAGAAGGACCUACGCAUGCACACACUGACGCCAUGAGCUAAUAUACAUGCCCCCAUUGCCACAUGAACCUCCGUAUAUGGACUAUAUGGUACUUGUCCCCUAUUUUACGCCAUAUUUUUCCCUCAGAACGCAGAUACGUUUUGGUGUCUGACGUGAUAUGUAUAGUUGGCUGAGAAAAUGGAGUUCCGAAAAAAAAAAAAAAAAAAGAGUCCUUUAAAAGGCAAGAGUGAUGGUCGAGGGUUAAGGAAAUGAUUUAAAUCAAAGAAAUAGAAUGUUUUAAAAGGUGCACGGACUUUUGACGUUCCCUGCUCUUUUAAUUGUGUUAUUCCGAGAUGGCCUCGAACUUGUUGGGCUAGUUUUCUCAGGACACAGCGGCACAGCCCCCCCCUCACCCACAACCCCACCCAACAGACCCCAGAAGCCUCGAGUGUGUCCUCUCUGCCAUAGCGCUCUGGCCUGUAUUGUCUUUGACCACGCCCUACAAAUUCUGACAUAUUAUAUCUAAAUAGAUACGUAAAUAUAUAUUCUAUACAAAGACAAGGGAACGUAAAUGAACAUAGGAGGAGUUGGGUUUGUGUUUGCAGUGUGGUGGGGGGGGGGGGUCCCGGGGCAAUCUUGAGUGCUUUUAUUUUGUAGAAUUUUCUGUAAAGAAAAAAAAAAAAUAUGAUGCCAUUGCCAUUUUUUUUUUCGUUCCUCCCACCACGGGCACAAUCUAUGCCCAAACUGUUGAGUUCUGAAAGUACAUUCACACUCUUUCACUUUUUAAGAAAGGUUUGAUUUAAUUUGAUUUUUUUCUGACCCCCUUUUCCCCUUUUAGGAAUCCAAAUAUUUGCGCAGCAUUUUUUUGCUCGUCUUCUUGCACUUUCGCUCUUUUACACCCACUUCCUAUUCGUUUUCUGUCACGCUAAUGUCAAAGGCUUUUUAAGUCGUUUCACCCGCCUACUCAUGACACCCGCCUACACCACUUUGUGGGUUUUUCUUUUUCUGAAGCGUUUCCAUUGUGAUUCGGCUUUCUGGCCUGCACACUUAUGAGUGUUUUCAACAUUCUAACCAAUUAAUCCCGCCACCACCUCCACCUUUUCUUACUUGCUUGUUAUUGGACUUUUUGUCAGUUCUUCCCUUCAUAUGCCUUUCCCCCCCCCCCCCCCCAGCUGAUUCAUUUUAUCCAGAACCAUCUUGUUAGUAUGUUGACAAGUGAGGCAUUGACGUCAAUAGAUUAAUCUUCAGUCUAUGGAAAUUUUUUAAGAAAAGUAUUAAAGUAAUAUUUUUAAAAAAAAAAAAUAAAAAAAAAUAGUGUUUGGG